GGAACCGCUUGGCAAAUUCAGAUCCAGAGCCACUGUUCGGCUCUACGAUACUAGAGCUCGUUCCACUGGUGUUGGGUCACGAAAUAAAGGAUGCGUAUUUAAAGCGAGUGGUCCGCGCUCCCCGCCUGCUCAGCGCACUAUCAUCGUAAACCACCAUGGCGGUGACUGUGCAGGAAGCUGUGACAGCGAUCACCUCUCUGGGGCUGCUGCCCAACAUCGUCCUUGGUGCUGUUCUUUUCUGGUCGUUCCGCGCCUUCCGGCGGACGAUGGCCUUGAGCCACAUCCCGACGGCCGGAGGGCCGUCGCUCCCCAUUCUUUCUUAUAUCGGUGCGUUCAGGGGGCUCAUCGACGACAAGCAGAUCCUCGACGAAGGCUAUGCAAAGUACAAAGGGCGCGCGUUCAAGAUCGCAACCAUCUCCGGCUGGACCGUCGUCGUGUCUGGGCCUAAGCUGGUCGAGGAGCUACGCAAGGCCGGCGACGACGAACUGUCUCUUUCCGCGCUAUGGGUCCUCCAGAUUGAGCACACUCUCGGCCAUCACCCCGACGAUUCGUACCACACCAACGUCAUCCGCGCGCAACUCAAGAGCAACCUCGACGCGGUCUUCCCGACUAUGUACGAGGAGCUUAAUACAGCAUUCGACGAAGAAAUGCCCGUGACGCCUGAGUGGACGGCACACACCGCUUUCGAAGUCGUCAAGGACGUUGUGGCCCGUACCAGCGGUCGUAUCUUUGUUGGCCUGCCCAUGUGCAGGGACAAGGAUUACCUCGCGCUUAACAAGCAGUACCCAAUCGACAUGGUCGUCAGAGGUCUGAUCAUUCGCUCGUUCCCGGACGAGUUGAGGCCAUUGGCAGGAAAGCUGUUCUCGGCGUUUCCCUCUCAUUUGCGUCGCGGUAUGGUGCAUCUCGGCCCCAUGAUCUCCGAGCGGUUGCGACAGCGUCAGGAAUACGGAAACAAGUGGGAAGGCAGACCGAACGACAUGAUGCAAUGGUUGAUCGACGCCGCGCCUUGCGACGAGAAGCUCACGGUCCCUCAGCUCACCACGCACAUGCUCCACGUCAACAGCACGGCUAUCCUCACUUCGUCGGUUACAUUCACCCAGGCGCUCCUGCUUCUUGCUGCCAACCAACAAUACGUCAAACCUCUUCGUGAGGAGAUCGAAGCUGUGCUGAAAACGCACGGUUGGACCCGCAAGGCCAUCCUCGAGAUGCACAAGGUCGACAGUUUCUUCAGGGAAUCUCAGCGCAUCGCCGGCAUCGGAAACACACACAUUUUCCGUACCACGAUGAAGGACUACACCUUCUCCGACGGGACGUUCGUGCCGGAGGGAACGUUCGUCGCGGUAGCCUCCAAAGCGACGCACACCGACGAGAACAUCUACCCUCGGGCGAACGAGUUCCAGCCCUUCAGGUUCUCUACCAUGCGCGAUAAGGACAUUGGGACCGAAGACAUGGCUUCCAAGUACGGGAUGGUUAGCCUCGGCACGAACCACGUUCCCUUCGGACACGGCAAGCAUGCAUGCCCUGGACGGUUCUUCGCAGCGACGGAAAUGAAGGCGAUGUUUGCACACCUCUUGAUAACGUACGACAUACGGCCGGAGAAGGAGGGCGUGCAGCCGCCUAGGGCGUUCUACGGUUCCGCGCGUACCUUGAAGGUCUUGGUCCGCAAGAGGCGGACGUGAUGUUCCCUUUCCUUUUGUCGUGUGCACUGUAGACUGCCCCAACUCUCUUGGUAUAUAGCCGGACUGUGCCACUCUUUCGUCGUCGAGAUAUUGGAGUACUAUCCCAGGAGCCAGUCGUACAUAUGAAAUCCGAAUGAAUUGUAGAUUGGACACAAGUAGUCUCCGCCG